AUGCCACCCCGGCUCAAUUUAUUCGCUGCCAGUCGGGCCGCUGCUGCGCUUCGACCCUCGCCUGUCUCUGUCACAUCGCGUAACGUCGCUUUACCGCUUCGAUUCUGCGCGGCGCAAUCCACCCCAAUUCAGAAAAGAUGGAAUUCCUCGAACGACGGCUCGAGAAACAUCCAGCCUGAUGAACAGGAGUUUCCUACCCAGGACCCCCUGCCUUCUGUGAGCGAAGAAGCCGCAGAGGUUUCCAACAUCAUGCAGAAGGAGAAGAGCUGCGAUGGAACACCGUCAUCACCGGAGUUGGAACAGGGUACUCCGGUCGCGGAGGUCCUCCAGCGCGAUGAGAAGGCCAUGAAGCACAUGCCCAAGGUCAUGCAGGAGCAGUUCAAGCACAGCAAGGGCUCUCGGUCUUUCUCGACUUCAGCUCGUGGCAGUUUGCCUGAUGUGCACAGUGUUGAGCCAAUCGAUGCGUCUGCUGCUUUGCUUGCCAACAUGAUCAAGGAAGUGGAUUCCCAGGCCAUCGGCCAGGUCCAGCAGAUCGAGGAAGAGAACGCUGGUCUGAAGUUCAACGUGCCAGAGGGCAAGACUUUGAACUUCCGCAAGCGUUACGAUUCCUUGCAGGACCAAUUUACCAAGAUGCUUAUGCAGGAUGGCAAGCUGGCUAAGGCCCAAAAGAACAUGUCCAUCAUUCUCGAUCACCUCCGCACCGCUCCCCCCCGAACCUCAACCACCAUCAAGGGUAUUGCCGGAGGUGGUACUGCUCUCCAGAUCCCCUCUCCACUGACCCUUCGUCAGCGUCGCCGUGCUGCUAUCAAAUGGAUUAUUGAUUCUUCUGCAAAGCGGCGGGAUGCUCAAUUGGCACACCGUGUCGCCAAUGAACUGGUGGCUGUUGCGGAAGGCCGCAGUGGUGUGUGGGAGCGGAGAGAUCAGCAGCACAAGAUCGUGGCUCCUCGCACGAGCCUCGACUCUUUCGAACUUGACGACCUCAACGACGUCAACUAUAUCCCCGGGGCCAGCUCAAUCCAGCCAGCUCCAGAUCACGCACAGAACUUUGGAAGCUCCCAGCGCCAAUUCGUUCCAGCUCCGAAUGCACAGUACUUAGUGGGCUUACCAUCUGGAUCGUACACAGACUGGGAGAAAGCACAUCCGUCCGAACAACGGCUUCGGGGCUCCCGCUCCACUCGACUGAGGUUUUGGACGGAGGCCCUUGAACGCCGAGCGCAUGCAGCAAGACACAAUCAGAUUGAUCGUGAUCCCGAAGAUACCGCCAAUAUGAAGUUUUCGCAUAGCAUUCAGUUUAAUGCGGUACCGGAUUGGAGCAGUCAUUACAUCGCGUACAGCAAUCUUAAGAAAAUAAUCUAUACCCUCGAGAAGGAAGUUACUCGACCCGAAGCACCAGAUGGCCCAGAUGUCGAAUCCUCUCCACUCCUGGGCUCCCAGAUAAUCAACCCGGAUGGCUACUUCAAACGGGCUCUGGACGCAGAAUUGGACAAAGUCUGUUCAUUCUACCAACAGAAGCAAGCGGAAAUAUUUGAGGCGGCGGAUGACUUGAUGCAGGAAGCAUCGAUCUAUUUGUCAGACACUGAUGGUGUUAACAUGGAUCCUGUUAGCGAGACUGUCAUCAGAGCCCGGAACUUGAACACAAAUGGCCGUCGGGCUAGCAGUACCUACCCUGACUUUACACAACGACGACGAAGACAUAGUGCCACAAGUGACGAUGACGGUGAUAGCGACGAAGAACAAUCAUCCGCUGCGGGAGCUCUGCGAAACAGGACGAUUACAUCGACAGACGGAUAUUCCACCGAAGAUGUGCACCAAACGGAUAUGAUGGACUCAAACUACGGCAUGAGCAGCAGCCGAGGCUUUCUGGAUUCCAAUUAUGGUGAUCAGAACUUCGCGGCCCUCUAUAAUGCUGGCGUUUCGUUGAAAAAGCGUCUUGUUGAGAACUAUGUGUCUCUGUGCGAACUGAGAUCAUUCAUUGAGCUGAACAAGACUGGAUUCUCCAAGGCAUUGAAGAAAUACGAUAAAACCCUGUUCCGUAACCUGCGGAAGGACUACCUCAACACGGUCGUCAACUCGGCGACCCCAUUCACCGAGAGCACUAUGGCGGCAGUGGACUCCUAUAUUGAUAAAAUCGAAGGCACUUAUGCCGAUGUUAUCACCAAAGGAAAUCGUUCUCUCGCGAGCCGGGAAUUGCGACUUCAUCUCCGUGAACACGUCGUCUGGGAGCGAAACACGGUCUGGCGAGAAAUGAUUGAGAUCGAACGUCGUGCCCAGGCGGCAAACGUUGGCAUUCGCCAAACUCUCCUAGGAGGUGACGAAGAUCCUGCCACCGCAAGACGCCAGGGCGACAAACAAGAAAUCCGUACCGUGGAUAUUCGCACGCCCCUCGGUCGGAUACCCUUUCCGCUAUGGCUUUGCAGCUUGAGUUUCGGCACACUGACAAUUAGUGUUGCGAUUUUUGCUGCUCUUCUUUCGGUCCAAUUGAUGGAGACCCCUGAGCAGCAAAAUUGUCUUGCGAUGCUGACUCUAGUCAGUAUAUUAUGGGCUACCGAGGCGAUCCCACUUUUCGUGACAUCGCUUUUGAUUCCCUUCCUUGUUGUGGUGCUGGGCAUCAUGCGAUCGGAAGACAAGCCCCACAAGCGACUCGGUCCUAAAGAAGCCACGAGUGUGGUAUUUGCAUCGAUGUGGACUCCGGUGAUUAUGCUUUUACUGGGUGGCUUCACAAUUGCUGCGGCGCUUUCCAAGUAUGAUAUCGCUCGGCGUAUGGCGAUGUUUGUGCUCAGCAAGGCUGGUUCGAAACCCAAUGUUGUGUUAUUAACCAACAUGUUUGUCAGUAUGUUUUUGAGCAUGUGGAUCAGCAACGUUGCCUCUCCGGUGCUUUGUUAUUCGAUCAUCCAACCCGUCCUGCGAAAGUUGUCCCCGGACUCAGACUUUGCGAAAGCUCUCGUCCUCGGAAUUGCUCUUGCAGCCAACGUUGGUGGAGCAGCGUCUCCAAUUGCAUCCCCACAGAACAUCAUCGCCCUGCAAAACAUGUACCCGAGCAUUAGCUGGGGCACUUGGUUUUUCAUCUCCCUGCCCGUUUGCAUUGCUUCCAUCUUGCUGAUCUGGGUUCUUCUCGUGGUGACUUUCCGCCCUGCUCGAGAGAAGACCGAUAUUGGAAUGCGCCCUGUGAAAGAUCCUUUUACCGGCGUCCAGUAUUUUAUCAGCGUCGUAACGCUCGGGACCAUCGCGCUGUGGUGUGUUAGCCACCAACUCGAACAUAUUUUCGGAGACAUGGGUGUCAUCGCGAUCAUCCCUCUUGUUUUGUUCUUCGGAACCGGCAUUCUGAACAAAGAAGACUUCAACAACUUUCUGUGGACUAUCAUCAUCCUUGCUGCCGGUGGCCUUUGCCUGGGCAAGGCCGUCACGUCAUCCGGUUUACUGCAUACCAUUGCGGGCAAUAUCACCACCCGUGUCGAACAUCUGAGCCUUUACAGUGUGCUCCUUGUUUUCUCUGCUUUAAUCCUUGUCAUCGCCACCUUCAUCUCGCACACAGUCGCCGCCUUGAUUAUCCUACCACUCGUCCGCCAAAUUGGUGUUGGCAUGGAGAACCCUCACCCGAAUUUGCUGGUCAUGGCCAGUGCUUUGAUGUGUUCCGUGGCUAUGGGGUUGCCCACCAGCGGAUUCCCUAAUAUGACUGCUAUCAUGACCGAAGUGCCCCAGACUGGGCAGCGUUAUCUUCAAGUUCGCCACUUCAUUACUCGGGGUGUUCCGUCCAGUUUGCUCUGUUUUGGAGUUAUCGUGACCAUCGGCUAUGCACUCAUGUACAUUGCGUCCUUGUAA